GGCUAGUGUGUUUUUAAAUUUUUAUGAAAAAGUUAUAUUGAAAGAACUGGGCUAUGCUUCUCUUUAUUCUCCUAUCUUGAUUCCACUCCUAGAUUGAGUCUUAAUGGAACCUAGGGAAGCCACAGAAACCAUGAGACAGAGAGAAGGAGGGCAUAAAAUUCAACCAAUAAAAAUGCAAGGAAUUGGAGGCAGGUUCAAGGUGGAGUCAGGGACAUCUGAGUCCAACAGCUUUAGACACUUCUUAGCUGUGUGACCCUGUGCAAAGUAAGUCAUUGAACCAUUUUACCUCAGUUUUCCAAAAUAAAGUGGAAAUAAUAAUAGCAUCAGCUUUCCAAGAUUAUUGUGAGUCUUUUUUUUUUUUUUUUAGUGUGCUUUAGGAAGCCUAAAACUUUAUAUAAAUUUUAGUUGUUACUAUGAAGAACAGUGAGAAAACCAGUGUUACUGGAACCUGGAGUAUAUGAAGAGGAAUAAAGUGUAAAAAGAUGGUAAAGGUAGAAAUAGGAGAAAUUGUGAAGGAUAUUAAAGGCAACCAGAGGUUUGGACCUGGAGGUAAUGAUAUUUCUCAAACUAGAGUUUACUGAGUAGGAGAUUGGUACAGUCAAACCAGAAAUAAUAUCACUUUGACAGCUGAGUGGGGGAUGGUCUAGAGUGAAGAGACUCCAGGUGGGGAGCCUGCCAGCAGACUAGUAGAAUCACCCAGGUGAAACAUGGCAAGGGCCAGCACUAGGAUGGCAGCCACUUGAGUGGAAAGAAGGGAACAUAUUCGAGAGAUGUUGUGAAGGUAGAAAUGAUGACUCAGCAACAGAUUAGAUUUGGGGCAUGGGGUUGGGUGGCUGGAUGAUGGUGCUGUCCACUGAGAAAUUUGGGAAAGGGGAGAUUUUUGGGGGGGGCUCAAUGAGUUUUGUCUUCGACACUAAUUUGAGAUGGCCAACAGGAAGUUCAGAUAAUGUAAGAUUGCUGCUCAGAAGAGAGGUCUGAGGGGGUGGGGGGAAGAGGGUGGAACAGAAGGCUUUGCAAGGGUCAAUGUGGAAAAAUUACCCAUGCAUGUGUUUUGUAAAUAAAAAGCUUUAAUUAAAAAAAGAAGAAGAGAGGUUUGAGCUGGACAGAGAUCUGAGAAUCCUUUGCCAAGAAACCAAAUAGGGUUCACAAAAUUCGAGUUGGAUGAGACUGGACUGCUCCUUCUACUUGGUAAAUAUCGUCUGCUAGCUUGCUUAGCUCUGACGCAGCUGCUCAGGCCUUCGAUGAACCCCACUUUUUUCUGUGUGGUUUCUCUCAGGACCAGCGGCAGAGUCCAGGCCCACGAGGGCUCAAUAGAUAGGUGCUCCUGUGGCAAAAUAGAGAGAUCCAUUACUCCCCCAACCUCCUGACCGUCAGUGUGACAAGCAACCGUCCAACUAGUGUCUGAUGGUGCUCCUCCUUCCGUGUCCGAGCCCAACCAUGGCCGCGGUGGUUAGCGCUGUCUGCUAGAGCUUCCCUAAGUCUACUGCCUCAGUGGACUCUCUCGGGAAGCGAGUGUCCCUGAAUCGCCGUCUCUCCCGACUGCGUGCGUUUUGCAGACGGCUCCCGGGGGCGCCCUUGUCCCGGUGGCGCUGUCCCGCGUCUGUCUGAGCUGCCCCAGCCCUGGGGUUCCUGGCUUAUGGCUUAGCCCGCCCCAUCCCGCCUCGGCUCUGACAUGCACAGAAGGGGAAGUGAGCCCAGGGCCUGCACGACGGAGCCCCGAGAGCCCUGCAGCCAUUGACCGCUGUUCCCCUUCCUUCCUCGGGCCCCAGGGAUUUCCUGGGGCUCCGAACUAGGGACGCGGGAGUGGGUCUGCGUUUAUCCAGAACGGGGGCGGCUGCGGGAGCAGAGCUGGUCUAGCUGGGGGCGUCCCAGGUCUCUGGGCACCGUUCGUAGAGCGCCGUGGGGGUCGAGGCCGCCCAAUCCUGGCCGUGGGUCCGGUGAGUGGUGGCCGCGGGUGUCUCUGGAAAGGCCCGGGCCCCCUCCUCAGUCUCCCCCACCCCCCACCCCGCACAACGCCCUGCAAUCAUUUUCCGCUCCCCUUGGAUGAAAUUGCCAAAGUCUAAUGAAUCAUUCGGCCCGUAAUGGGCCGCGGCGCUUAUCAGGGGCCGGCGGGCCCGCGGCGGCGCCUUAUCUCGGCCGCGCACAUGGGCCGCCCGCCCGCCCGCUCCGCCCGCCAUGCUAAGUAGGAAAGGGACGUGAGGUGGGAUUAGAACGAAUGUGGAUGUGGCAAAGCCACCAGCGCCGCGGCGCGCGGGGGCGGGGGCGGGAGGGGGGGCGGACAAGGAGGGAGGCCGGGCAAGGGAGGGGGGCGCACCCGCGAAUAGGCCGGAAAAUGGCUCCGCCGCGCAGAACGGUGAGUAGCCCACCCGUGCCUUUAUUCCUACGAGAAGCCCGGGACACCCCCACGCCGACCGCCCCCCCCUUUCCCCACCCCUCUUCUAUUCCUCAAUCUGCACCCGGGCUAUUUUCCCAGCUUCCUUUCCAUGGUGUGAGUGUGUGUUUUAACCGCCGCGCCCCCCACCCCGCCCCCCAUCCACCGGGCCCCCGCCUCCCAGACCCUUUUCCUUCCUUCCCCUUUUUUUCUUACGCAAUAUACAGAAAUGCGCAAGACGGUGGUUGGUGUUUAUUUCUUCUUCUUAGUUGUAUGCGUGCGUCCAGAUUGUGGCAGUGUGGGUCUGUGCGGGGGUUGUGUGUGCGGGCUGUCAGCCGGGCCGGGCCCUCUCGUGACCACCGCCACGGGACCGGUUGUGUGUGUGUGUGUGUGCGUGCGUGUGUGUGACCACCUGGGCUCGUCCUCUGGCCUGGCUAGCCGAGCCGUCGGGGUGCGGGUUCGUGUGUGGCGGUGUAGCACCGGCAGUGUGUGCUCUCAGCCGCCGGGCUGGGGUCCAGUAGGAGACCUUGGGUGCGGGAUUUGGGGCGGGUUAGAACCGGGCUAGAACCCUCCUCCGAAUCAGGUGGCGAUUCUGUCAGUAUGCUGGUAUGUGUGUGCGUGUGUUUGUGUGCGCCCAGGCCGGGGGUCCGGGGCGCCUCGCGGGGCUUCCUGGUUUAUUCCUGACAAUGGUUUCCUGGGGGACCGAUGGCAGCUCGGAGUGUCGGACGCCCAGUGGAUGGGCAGUACCUUGGCCGCACCGGAGUAGGCCGCUGCCAUUGCCUUCCACAGAGGGAGGUGGAGACGGAGGACCCCGCUAGUCUUUUCCCCCUACCGGCCCGCCCCCCGCAGUGGGGAGAGGUGGAGAACGGACAGCUAGGAACCUACCCCUUUAAAUAUGCCCCAGGAUGAUGGAGCGGCAGCCAGCUGAGCUGCCCCCCAGUGACCCCCCGCGGGAUGCAACCCCGGGGACUAGCGGCAGCGGUGGCGGCGGGGGCGGCUCGGAGCCCGAGCCUGAGUCAGAGUCCCGCAUGGAGCCGCCGCGGCCCCCCCCACACCUCCUCCUCCUCAACGGCGUUGCCAAGGAGACGGGCCGUCCGGCCCCCGACCCCCCCGUCAUCGAGUUGGCCCCCCGCCGCGGCCCGGGGGGCGGCGCCCGCGACUUAAAGGGCCGCGACGCAGAGGCGCGCCAGAGGGUGCCCACCACGGAGCUGUGUCGGCCACCCGCCGCUGCCCCGGCCUCGGCGCCUGCCCCAGUAGAGCCCCCCAGCGACGGCCGCAUGGUGCAGCUGAGCCCCACCGCGCUCCCGGGACAGGCGGCCGCUGCCGCCGCGGGCAGGGCCAUGCUCUACGGCCUCGGGCAGCCGCUCGCCUCGCUCAGCAGCGGGUUUUUCGGGGAGCCAGACCCCUUCCCGGUGUUUACCAGCAACAACCGGGUCAAGAGGAGACCCUCGCCCUACGAAGUGGAGAUCAAUGACGGCCCCCACACCAAGGUUGUCCGGCGCAUCUUCACCAACAGCCGCGAGCGGUGGAGACAGCAAAACGUUAAUGGGGCGUUCGCUGAGCUCCGAAAACUCAUCCCGACCCAUCCCCCCGAUAAGAAGCUCAGCAAAAAUGAAAUACUGCGUCUGGCCAUGAAAUACAUCAACUUCUUAGCCAAGCUCCUCAACGACCAAGAGGAGGAGGGCAGCCAGCGGGGCCGGGUGGCCAAGGACCCCGCGGGGACUGGCAGUGCCGGCGGCGGAGGAGCCGGGACAGGCCCCGGGGCGGGGCCGGCCGCUGACGACCUCCUCCACGACGCUCUCUCGCCCAACUCCAGCUGCGGCAGCUCCCUGGACGGCGCUGCCAGUCCCGACAGCUACACGGAAGAUUCCGAGCCGAAGCACCCAGCCCGGAGCCUCCACCCGGCCCUAUUGCCUGCCGAGGGCACCGGCCCGCGGUGAUGGGCCCUGCCAAAGGGCAGCUCUCGUGCGGCCGGGAGGGUGUGACCUUGGGGAGCGGCACAGGGCCAAUGGAUGGAGCGGGAUGUGGGAGUGGGGGGAUGAUGGGUCCUGAAGCUAGGAAAAGACUGAUCCGGAAGCAGGGGGAUGGAUAGGAUGACCUUUCUUGGGCCUGGCUCAUCUGGCCCAACCUGUCACGUGUCAUGGGAAUUGUGGAGGAAGGGUGAUGUCUCUGGUGACUCUCUCUGGAUCCUCGGCCUUUGCCCACUCUGGCUCUGGAGUUGGCACCUGUGUGGACACAGCGUGGUUGGUAGUGCAGAAGGAAGAAUACUCAUCUCUCUCCCACUAUCCCCUGCGAACCUCUGGACACUUACCCGCCCACACCCCACCUGAUCCCCAGACCAUGUCCAAGGCCCCGGGCACUCCCCUAUGCCUGUCCUUUCCCACAACACUGAAUUGUGCUGUUUCAGACUUUGGCCUUUGGGAUGGCCCAAACCCCAGUCGCCGGGGCUCCUGUCUCCCAUGGCUCUUCCCCUUGGUGGUUACUUGAGGACUGUGACAUGGUGGGGAGGGUGGGAAAUCAACACUUUCCGGAGGGGGGCAGCAUCUGCGCCCUCUUCUGGAAGGACAGGUACCCAGUUCUCUGUCUCACUCUGUCCUGGCCCUCACCCCAUCACAGUCUGUAGCUGCUGAGUCUCUGGUUCCCAUUGUUGUGAGCAGCCUCGAAGGCCGGUCAUCAUCACGACAUUCACCAACGGCAAGAUCACAGUCCAAGACCCCAGGGGGAAAAGCAUUUGCUCGGUUUGGGAAUGAAACCGAUGGCUCCCCUCGUUCCUGGAUGCUAACUUUUGGCUCUAGUCACUGUAGAAAUCCAAGCAGUCAGAUGGAGGAGUGAUUGAGGGAGCUGAGGACCCAACUGGGACUCAAAAGAUCCGGGUUCUUGAUUUAACUGUUACUUACUGUGUGGCCUUGGUCAAAUACCUUCCCUUCUCUGGGCCUCAGUCCCCUCCCCAAUCGGGACUGACUAGAUGGUCUAUCUAAGCUCUCAUCUUCCCAGAGCCUGCUCCCAGUUCUGCUGCUCACAAGCCCUGUGAUCUUGGGCAGAUCUCUUCCUAUGUAACAUGGGGGCUUCAGCUUUGGGAGCCUCUCUCCGUCCUUUCUUCUCCAAUCCCGAGCACCUUCCCUGACUGGCAAUGAGACUGGGGAGCCUGAGUGUGUAUAACAGAGGGCUGUGUUCAUUGCCCUUCCAGACACCAGGUCCAUCUGAGUCCAGCUUGUCCUGGCAAGGGCUGGGGACUCUCCUGAAUGAGCUUACACCUGGUCUGGCUUGUAGGCAAGACUCCCAGCUCUUCCACUGCUGGGGUAUCCCCCAAACAGCCUUGGGCAUCCCCAGCCUCCAGCGCCUCACUUUCUGUGGUGAGCAUGCUCCUGAGAAAGAAACCUGUACAUUGAAGUUUUGUACAACCAAUUCUGACUGAAAGGACACUUAGGGUGACCCCUUUUGUAAAGUGAAGAAUUCUUUUUGUAAAUGACUCAUCACUCCCUAAUUUGUUUUAUGUGUAAGGUCGAAGGGUUGGACUUCGGGUCUGCCUGUAGCUGUGUGGAGAAAGAGGCCCCCAGAACUUGCAAGAUGACUCCAGUUCCCCUUCUGUCUCUCUCCCUGGAGGCUUCUUUUUCCAUACGUGACUGACUGCUUGGUGCUGCCUGAAAGCCUGGCCAUCACUCUGCAGCAGGACCGGUCAGGGUGCUUGAGCCCUGGCCACCUCAUGACACUUUACCUGCUCUGCAGCAGGCAUCAAGGUACAGCUGUGUGUAAAGGAGCUGAGGAGAUUACCUGUCCAUGGUCCUGCAGUGGCUGUCUGAUGGCACAGGGACUUGGGCCUGCUCUUGGAGAGGUACCCCCUUUUUUUGGGGGGGGGCAGAUAGUAAUAGCCUGACUUGGUAAGAGACACUGAGGGUUUCUCAGUGUUUCUGUCCCAACUCUGCUCUGAGCUCCUUGGACCCACUUCUCAUGACUCACCUUGAUAAUUUCCAUUUUACAGCCCUCAAAGUUUGGUUGAUCUUUUGCUAUCAAAUAGUCUCUAUCUUACAGCUGAAGAAAGCAAGGUGAAAUUAUUUGUCUGUGGCCAUAUGUCAGUUGGGAGAUGGAAAUAUGGUCCAGCCUCUCCUGGGGCUCCCAUUUUCUAUAGCUUAUGCUUAACAUCUUAUGCCCUCCUUCCUGAUAGGCUCCUAUUUUCAAACACAAAACGUCUAUGGAAACCAGGAGAGAGCCAAGGAGUAGCUUAGGGGUCCAGCUUCAGCAAGGCAGGUUGGUCAGCAAAAAGGGUGUGAGGGACACUUCCCAGGGAGAACAAGAGAGCUUCGUCCUUGGUGAACUGGAAUAUAGACUGAGGCUGUGACUCUGGGUUCCAGUCCAUAUUUCCCUUCUGAGUUGCCAGCAGCUUCUCGUUUCUGGGCUCGGUGACACAUGGGACACGAUCAGAGUCCCAUCUCUUUCCCAGGAAGGUCAUGAACUCCAUUGGAGGCUAUGUGAAAACCUGUUGAAGAAGAUUAAAGCCUCAAAAUGGGGUAUUAUUAUGAGCAUCCCUCCUGAAGGUGGAUUUUCCCCCCACUCCAGAGGUGUCCUCAUUGGCUUUUGCUGUAGCUCAAACUCUUUGGGUAACAUUGAACUCUUGUUCUCUGCACAUGUACAUUAUCCAGAUAAUUUAGACCCUGAACUAUUUCUGCCUGAAAUCUCUGGAUAAUCGAGGCCAUUAGAUACAAUUGGACACUUUUGCUCUCUUAAGCUGAGGCGUGUCUCUGUCUGUGGGGAGGAGAAUAGGAAGGGAAAGGGGUUUUUCAGAGAAUGGAUCCAGUUUGGGGAGAGAGCAUGGAAAUACAUCCUAUCAUAGGGUCAACCCAACUUGAUCCAGUAUAGGAGGUAGCCAAGGCUUUAGCAGAGGCUCAAAAAUCACUUGGUUUUUUUUCCUUUCCCCUGGAAGAAAUAAGAAAAUUCUAAGGAAGAGCUGAAAAAAAUUGGGAGGACAAUUCAAUUCCAUUCAAAAAGCAUUCAUUAAACAUCUCUUGUAUGUCUGGCACUGUGGCAGUUGCUGGGGAUACAUAUGAAAAACAAACCAGUGCCUGCCCUCAAAGAGCUUAAAUUCUACUGGGGGAAAAUAGCACGGAGGAUACAAGUCAAUCUCAGCAUAAAUAACAUUCGAAGGAAAAUGGAAAACAAUGUCAUGAUAGAAAGUAUUCUGAGAGCAAAGGUCAGCGUGACAGUUUGGGGAAAUUGCCUAUUUUUUCACUAAUAUUCUCUUUUUCUGUAUGUAUGUAUGUGUAGCUGAAAGACACGAUGGUACAAUCUUCACAAAUUUCUCCAAAUGAGACAAAACCCAGUGGCCGUAGCCUACCAGCUACGUUUGGUCUCAAGUUUUGGGAGCGGGUCUAGUCGUACUUGUGAUUUCAAUGGUACCCGGCCCCCUGGGAGCCCAGAUUUCCUCUGGUCUCUGCCCUGUGUCUGUGUACGUAAGUGGCUCCCCACAUUUUCCAGGGGCAGCUCCUUGGGUCCAUGUACUGUAUGGGAUGAUUUUGGCUGGGCUCUGCAUUCUCUUGCGGAGAGGGAGGAAUCACCCUUGGUACUGUUGCCUUGGAGGACCACUGAGGCGAACACUGGGGAGUGCAGCACCGGGAGAGAAAAGGCCUUUUGGUGGUGAUGAGUGUGCUUGCACUUGUGUGUGUGUGUGUGAGAGAAUGUGUGUGUUUGCGUAUGUGUAUGAGGAGUAUAUUGGGGGAUAAGAUUUCUAAAUAAAAGUUUUACAGAGUG